UUGAAGCAGGAUUUGUGUCGCUCAGUGGAGAAUGGCGGCCGCUGCGUGCGGUCCACUCAUCGCCUGUCCGGCCAGCGUGCACGGGGACGCGCAUCCGCGGAAAAGUAAAGACGCGCGGAAGAGACGGGCAGCCCUGUUGUUUCUCACUAACAUUUCCCUGGAUGGACGGCCGGUGAUUCACAUCAACAGCGAGUUUGAAGGCGCGGAGGUCGGUUCUGCAGGGAGCGAACUGUCACCGGCGGUCGGGAGCUUCGGCACCUUUUCCAACCUGUCUCAAACGAGUGCACUCCUGAGUGUGCCUCCUAUUCUCGUUUUACCCUCUGACUCGGAGUACGAACAUGCCGAGAGCACGGAGACAUUUCCGGGAUGUUUUUCCUCCUCACAGGGGAACCUGCUGUCCCCUUGCAGCCUGCAGCCAAGUCCAGUUGGAGCGCGGAAGUCCCCGACCCUGCUGUCCGUCCAGAGCUGCGCUUCAUCUCUGGAUUCCCGACAGAGGACACGCAACCUGUCAGGGUCUCACUGGCCCCGCUCCUUGAAGAAAGUUCACUUCAUUAAGAACAUGAGACAGUACGACACACGAGGCAGCAGGAUCGUGCUUAUCUGUGCCAAGAGAUCACUGUGUGCUGCGUUUUCUGUGCUGCCAUAUGGAGAAAGCUUCUACAUAAGUGACCCGGCCCUGAGCACCCCCAGGCGGAGGCACUCAUCUGGGGGGAUUUCCACCACACUAGAGAUGCUUCCUGGCCUGGAGGGGGUGGAGCUUGGCAUGUAUGGCAGGACGGUGUCUUAUGCCCAGUUUCUUUACCCCACUAAUGCACUGGUUCCUGAAAAGCCACCAGAUAUCUCUCUGCAGAUGCCUUACUCCAGAAACAGCAUCCCAUGCAGCAGCUACCCUUCAUCUCGCCUCAACAGCACCGUAGGCUUCGACUUGGGUCUGGAUGAUGCUGAUUAUGACCCCAACCUGCUAAGUGACCCUCAGUGGCCUUGUGGGAAGCACAAGAGAGUCCUGAUCUUUGCCUCCUAUAUGACUACAGUAAUAGAGUACGUGAAGCCAUCGGAUUUGAAAAAAGACAUGAACGAGACCUUCAAGGAGAAAUUUCCUCACAUCAAGCUCACACUCAGCAAGAUCAGAAGUUUGAAGCGAGAGAUGCAUGCAGUAGGAGAGGAAUACGCUCUGCAGCCGGUCACUAUCGCCAUGGCGUUCGCGUACUUUGAGAAGCUGGUCCUUCAGGGUCGCCUCAACAAGCACAACAGGAAGCUGGUGGCCGCCGCGUGCCUCCUGCUGGCCGCCAAAAUCAGCAGCGACUUCAAGAAACAAGAAGUCAAACAGCUGAUUGAUAAGCUGGAGGAGAGGUUCCGUCUUAGCCGGCGCGAGCUGAUCGCCUUCGAAUUCACCAUCCUGGUGGCUCUGGAGAUGGCCCUCUACCUUCCCGACAGCAAGGUCAUGCCACACUACCGCAGACUGACCCAAAGCCCUUGCUGAUCUGCUUUUGUGUGCAGCAGGACCCAUAUGAAAGGAAGGAAAUGAAAAGGUUGCCAGUGGCACAUGUUAAUGUUUAGCAGUGUUGAUGUAUGCUACACUACGCUCUGGGGGAGGAGGAAGAGGGUCUAUUUACACUCCUCAGGCUAGUACUGAGUCUGUGUGUUUUAUAGUCAGUGUUAACUUCUGUUUUUGGUUUUUAUGUCUUGUCUCACAUGGCACUAAUGCGAGGGGGGAGUGUUUGGUAGUAAUCCUGGACGAAGAGAAGGUUUAAAGAUCAACUCUAAACACACAAAUAACAAGGGAUGGCUUUUCCCAGCUACAUUCUGUCUGUCUGUAUUUAUGUUUGUCUGUCAGUCAGAAAAGAACAGACAAGACAGUCAGAACAAACAGACUGAACAGACAGACAGAACAGACAAGACAGUUAGAACAGACAAACCUACAGACAGAACAGUCAAGACAGUCAGACAGACAGACAAGACAGUAAGGACAGACAGACAAGCAGUCUAUUUUUUGUUUGUCUGUCUGUAUGUUUGUCUGUCUGUCUGACAGUCAGAACAAACAGACAGACAAACGACAGACAGACAGACAGUCUUUUUUUGUCUGUCUGUAUAUUUGUCUGUUCUGUUUCUGUCGUCUGUCUGUUGUCUGUUUGUCUGUUCUGUCUGUCUGUCUACAUUUUCCAAAAAUUCUGUCUGUUCAAGUUCUGACUGACUUGUCUGGUCUGUCUGUCUGUUUGUCUGUUCUGACUGUCUUGUCUGCUCUGUCCCUCUGUCUGUCUGUCUACGUUUGCCAAAAAAUGUUUGUUUGUUUUUUAUCUAUAAUUUAAAGCUGAACUUUCUUUUUUCACUUACCUGCACACUUUCAACAACCUAACAACCUAACCUCUCUACAAAUGAAUCCAUUCAAACAUUUCCCAAAGUAUAGAAAGGUCUUAUUCGUCUGUAUUUUAUUCAACACGUGUUUUGAGCACAGUUUAUGUUACUGGUAUCACACGGCCAUAGCAGUAGUACGUGGUCCGGCUCCGUGUGCAGUAUUUGGUCAUGUUCUGGCUUCUUUAAGAGAUUUUAAGGAAAAAAAACAGUGCUCUAUAUUAGAGCUGAUUUGAACAUAAGCACAUUUACUGUGCUUCUGUCUUCUUUGUUAUUUACUACUUCUCAACAUAAUUGACCUUUUCGAAAUAUCGAGUGUGGCCCAGUUUAUUUGUGUUUUGUUUAGCAUGGGCAAAUAAUAGCUACGGUGCCUGUAGCAACCUGUGUAAUACGGCAGGUAAUACAAAGCCCGCAGUGCUUCCUGUUCCUUUAGGAUGCUGAAAAGCACAGAUUAAUAAUAACGAUUUACUCUGGGUGACGGCCCUAACGUAUCAUAGGAGCUCUUUCAUUCGGCUUCUUGUCUCUGAGAUUCACGUAGGCACACUAUGGACACUAAAGCAGGGCUAUAAAACAUGCAGCUUGAUACAGAAAAUCUGUUAUUCCAGUAGGGGGCGAAAUAGAGUAAUAAUCUAUGUUUCAUUAUCAUGCUGCGAACCACAUUUCUUUCCGUAAGAACUUAGGGUUUUUCCAGAACAGCAAGGACUUUAUACAGUCGUAAUGUUUAAUAUAUAUAUAUAUAUAUUUUUUAUUUGCAAAUUAUAUUGAGACACGUACAAUCAUGAUAUAUAUAUAU